GUGUUGGGGCAAAUUGGAGCUAAACUCUGCAGGACACCACCCCUCCAAGACCAAGUUUGGUGACCCCUGCUCUAGCCCAGUGGUUCCCAGCACUGCACAUUUUGCUUCUCUCCUUUGUCUUGACGCAACCAUUUCAGGUCUUUGCAGUUUCUACUUAUAAGCUGAGGAUCUGAAUCAGGUGCAUCACCUCUGAUGCCGAAUAUGAGGAAUAUAAGAAAAAAAAACAGCGAACAACUGAAGAGAACGAGAGAGGGAGUGAGCGAGGGAGAGGGGAGUGCGAGCGAGAGAGAGACAGAGGGAGAGAGAGAGAGAGAGAUUUCUCCCCGUGCACCGGGUCCACAUUUGCACGAUGGCAUCAGAUCCAGGGCUGCUGCCCCUCUUAGUGUGGACUAUAUCAAUGCAGGUCCUGGGCUCCAGAGGAACGUCUAGUAAUGAAGUGAAUCUCCUGGACACGACCAAAAUAUCGGGAGACUGGGGCUGGCUCACAUAUCCUUCACACGGGUGGGAUGCAAUCAAUGAAAUGGACGAGUAUUUCAGCCCCAUCCACACGUACCAGGUGUGCAACGUUAUGAGCCCGAGCCAGAACAACUGGCUCCGGACCAACUGGAUCCAGCGAGACGGCGCCCGGCGGAUCUACAUCGAGAUGAAAUUCACAUUAAGAGACUGCAACAGCAUGCCAGGCGUGCUCGGGACCUGCAAGGAGACCUUUAACCUCUACUACUACGAAACCGACCGCGACGUUGGCAGCAGCAUCUGGGAGAGUCAGUUUUCCAAGAUCGACACCAUCGCGGCCGACGAGAGCUUCACUAACGUGGACCUGGGUGUGAGGAGACUCAAGCUCAACACUGAGAUCCGCGGCGUCGGGCCGCUCAGCAAACGCGGCUUCUACUUGGCCUUCCAGGAUAUAGGAGCCUGCAUCGCUGUCUUGUCCGUCCGAGUGUAUUACAAACGCUGCACGGGAAUGGCUCGCAACCUGGCCGUCUUCACAGACGUGGUCACGGGGGCCGACUCGUCCUCUCUGGUGGAGGUCAGAGGUCAGUGUGUGGACCACGCAGAGGAGAGAGACACUCCUAAGAUGUACUGCAGCGCUGAGGGCGAGUGGCUCGUUCCUAUUGGACGGUGCGUGUGCAGUGCCGGCUUUGAGGAGCACAGAGACAACUGCAUCGCAUGUGAGGUGGGCUUCUACAAGCCAGUGGCAGGUGAUCAGCUCUGUGGGAAAUGUCCCCUCCACAGUCACUCUGAGACUCGAGCAGCUCUAACCUGCCCCUGUGAUGCUAACUUCUAUCGUUCCUCUACAGAUCCUCCUGCCUCUCCCUGCACAAGACCUCCGUCAGCUCCAGUAAACAUCAUCUCAUCUGUGAACGGCACCUCGGUCAGUCUGGAGUGGGGUUCACCUUUGGACCCAGGAGGACGCAGUGAUGUCAUCUAUGAUGUCCUUUGCCAGAAGUGCGACAAAGGCGGGACGCAGUGUGAGGACUGUCGGGUGGGUGCCAGAGGGGGUAACGUGGUGGGGAAUGGCAAUGGAGGAGCUGCAGACUCCAAUGGAGCUGUCAGUGGGACUGUUGGAGGAGGAGGACCUGGGCUGAAUGGGAUUGUGGUGGCCCGGACAGGAGCAGCCCUGGUGCGCUUUAUCCCUCAGCAGAUGGGACUUACAGAAGCAUGGGUGACGGUGCUGAAUCUCGCCGCUCACAGUAACUACACCUUCCGUAUUGUUGCUCUAAACGGAGUCACGCACUUGAGCAGCGAGCCCCCACAGUCUGUGACGGUCAAUAUCACCACAAACCAGGCAGCUCCGUCUCAAGUGAUGGCCAUCCGACAGGAAAAUGCCAGUCAGAACAGCGUCACUCUUUUCUGGCACGAACCUGCGCAGCCCAAUGGAGUCAUAUUAGAAUAUGACAUUAAAUAUUAUGAAAAGGACAACGAACAGCAAAUUUAUGCUACAGUAAAGUCAAAGAACACCAGUGCUAAAGUUUCGGGUCUGAAGCCCGGCACAAGCUACAUCUUUCAGAUUCGGGCCAGAACCUCGGCUGGCUGUGGGAGAUUCAGCCAGUCAGUGGAGAUACAGACGGGCAAAGCAAUUCCCCUGCGAAAUACCAACAUAACCAUUAUCUGGAUCUGUAUGGCUUUGGUAACAGCACUGGUGACAUUACUGGCCGUUGUCAUCUGCAGAAAACGGCAAGAGGAACGUUGUGGGUACAGCAAAGCUUUCCAGGACUCAGACGAGGAGAAAAUGCACUACCAAAAUGGCCAUGUAUCAUUUCCAGAAGCCAGAUUUUAUAUUGAUCCCCACACAUAUGAGGACCCCUGCCAGGCUGUCCAUGAGUUUGCCAGAGAAAUUGAAGCGUCCAGGAUCAAAAUAGAGAAAAUCAUCGGUUCAGGAGAGUUUGGGGAAGUGUGUUACGGGCGGAUGAAGCUGCCGGGGAAACGUGAUAUCCCGGUUGCUCUGAAGACUCUCAAAGCCGGCUACACAGAGAAACAGAGGAGAGAUUUCCUGGGCGAGGCCAGCAUCAUGGCACAGUUUGAUCACCCCAACGUCAUCCACCUGGAGGGGGUUGUUACCCGCAGCAAGCCGGUUAUGAUCAUCACAGAGUACAUGGAGAACGGCUCCUUGGACUCUUUCCUGAGGAGACAUGAUGGUCAGUUCACCAUUAUUCAGCUGGUCGGGAUUCUGCGUGGCAUAGCAGCUGGCAUGACUUACCUGGCUGAUCUGGGGUAUGUCCACCGGGACUUGGCGGCCAGAAAUAUUCUGGUCAACAGUAAUCUGGUGUGCAAGAUUUCAGACUUUGGUCUGUCACGCGUGCUGGAGGACGACCCUGAUGCAGCCUACACCACCAGUGGAGGAAAGAUCCCGAUCCGCUGGACGGCGCCAGAGGCCAUUGCCUAUAGGAAGUUCUCCUCCUCCAGUGACGUAUGGAGUUAUGGAGUGGUGAUGUGGGAAGUGAUGUCAUACGGAGAACGGCCAUAUUGGAACUUGACCAACAGAGAUGUGAUCAAGUCUGUAGAGGAGGGCUACCGACUCCCGGCCCCCAUGGGCUGUCCCGGUGCACUGCACACCCUAAUGCUGGACUGCUGGCAGAAAGACCGCAACGAAAGGCCCAAAUUCUGCCAGAUCAUCACAGUCCUGGACAAGCUGAUCCGGAACCCCAAGAACCUCAAGUCAGUUGACACGUUGUGCAGACUAAACAGUCCUUUGAUGAACAGAAGUAUUCCUGAUUUCACCAGCUGUAGAUCUGUGGGCGAGUGGUUGGACACCAUUAAGAUGGGCCGUUAUAAGGACCACUUUGCCGCAGGAGGGUAUCUGACUCUAGGACAUGUGAUGAGCAUGAAACAACAUGACAUGCAGAGGUUGGGAGUCACUUUAAUGGGUCAUCAGAAGAAGAUCCUGACCAGCGUCCAGUUGAUGAGAGCCCAGGUACUGAACCAGAGCGUGCCGUCAGUGCACAUAUAAUCACGAACACAAGUACAUAUUGAUCUGAUAUGUAUUUGGGUCUUCAAACGACAUGGACUAUUAUUACUGGGAUAAGGAUGGAGUUUUUCUUCUUCAGCGGGACAUUCUGCAAUUAUCCCUUUUCUCUUUGACUUUCUUUUGUAAAUGUUUGGACUGCCUUAAAUUACACUUUAUUUAAAUAUUGUUGUACAUGGAUAAGAUUUUAUGAAUAAUAGAGUCAUGAAUAUGUAAAGAGUGGACCUAGUCAUGAAUAUUAAAAAGAUUGAAAUGAAUAUGCAUAGUGUACAGGUUUGGCCACACCCUUCACGAGUGCCUCAAGCGCUAAAAACAUGACGCUGAAUAAAAGACGAAAUUAAAGACGGAACGAUGAGAUGCCACAGGAGAAUAUGUGUUACAAGCAUAUGACAAACCGAGACCCUCAAGAGGAAACAUUUGGGCUUCUGACAAAAGCUGCAGAGCGUGCAAGAAUACGGACAUAUACUGAAUUUGUCUCUGUGGUCGUAAAAAGGGAAAACGGCAAUUAUGUAUGUCAUGUGUUUGAUGAAACACUCUGAAACUCGACCUGCUGUUAUUUAUUGCGUACAAAAUGAUGCCGGAUCCCUCCGGAAAUGGGAGAAAUAAAUAUGUGUAAAUGUUGGUCUGCGGAAAACAGAAACACUUAACUUUCCUUACUCUUGAAAUCUGCCUGAAUUGGAGUCUGUAUCUUUCUCUUACUGUUGGAUUCAGAGUUCAGGCCAGUUUUGAAAUAUUUAUUCAGACCCUGAGAAGAUCAGUAUUCUCAGCAUUUGAGCUGCAUCAAAUAAAUCUUUUGUUUUACUAAAACUAACACACUAAGGAUAUAGUAGUGAAAUUGCCUAGCGCUAAUGGGGAAUCACACAUUUGUGUGGAUCUUGAAAUGGUAGAGUGGCUAAUUUAAAGUCAACAUGAAAUCAAAACGGACCCUGUUUACUUUGUUAGGUGUUCCUGGGAUUACUAUGGUCCAUUCAUCAGUGCAUGUUUUUCCAAAGGGAAAAAUGUUUGUUUUUGUCAUUUUCAUCAAAAAGAUCUCUGCUUCUUUUGCCAAGUGAAAGUUCCCCUCCAACCGCUUUUCGCAAUUCGAUGGAAGCUUGUUUCCACCAUGGGAUUAAAAAAAACAAUAAUAAAAAGGCAGAAUUUGACAGAAUUGUCAUUUAUAAACUCAGAUUUGUCAGAAAAAGUAUAAUGUCACAAUUCUGAGAAGUCAGAAGUGCAAGAUACAAACUCAGAAUUGUGAGAUGUAAAAUCAUAAUUGGGAAAUAUAAUUGUGAGAGAAAAAGUCACAAUUCGUUUUUCUAUUUUUUUUUAUCCCUUGGGAGACAUGGGCUUCCAUAAGAUCCUGCCAUAUUUAAAUCGUGAAAUAUCCUUUUCACAGAAGUAAAAUGGGUUGUGAAUGCCAUUUCAUGUUGACUUUACAAAAACACUGGACCUCAUUUAACUUUUGACAACAGGGUAUUGUCUGUAUGUUAACCUUUUUAUUUAUUCAAUUUUAACUAUUAAGUUUCAAUUAUAAAAUGACCUAAUUGUGCAUUUGUUUGUAAGACAAAGAUUAAUAGAGUUUGAUGAAUUAUAUGUAAAUAUUAAUAAAAUGAUUUGUUUUCGCUC